CCCAAAGAGAGAUCAUCCAACCACAGACAGCCCCUCAAAACUCAUUAGUAAUGUCAGCUGAGCUUCAUGCAGAAAACUCUGGACCUCAAGAGACUCCAAAACACAGUUCCUGUUGACUAAUAAAGGAGCACAGAUGGGACACGAGAGAAGAACAUUAACUUUAGGACAAAGUUCCUUCAGCACAACCUGAAGAGGAUAAAAUGAUCUGAGAGUGAAAGGUGUGCUGUUCUGUUUCAGCUGGAGAGACGUCAUGUUGUCUGCACAAGGAAUUAUUGUUUUUUACUUUUUCCACGGUGUAAUAACAGCCUCAGCGCUGAUUGACUCUGAUGAUGUCAUCACACGGGAUGAGCAGAUCUACCUUCUGAUUGGUGCUCAUGCCAGAUGUGAAAGGAGCAUCAAGGCACAAAUGCCCCUCAUUAAAGAUGGCGACUGCACCCCAGAGUGGGAUGGGAUCAUCUGCUGGCCACAGAGCACAGCAGGUCAGCUGGUCUCAGUUCAGUGCCCGGAGUACAUCUAUGACUUCAACCACAGAGGGCGAGCCUACCGUCAGUGUGAUGUGUCAGGCAACUGGGAGCAGGUGGCAAGCAUCAACCGCACUUGGGCAAACUACAGCGAAUGCACCAGAUACCUGACCUUCAAUCACAGAAGCCACGAGGAGAAGGUGUUUGAGCGACUCCAUCUCAUGUACACCAUCGGCUACUCCAUUUCUCUCGCAUCCCUGCUGGUGGCAGUCUUCAUUCUCUGCUACUUCAAGCGUCUCCACUGCACACGCAAUUACAUCCACGUUCACCUCUUCGCCUCCUUCAUCUGUCGAGCGGUCAGCAUCUUUGUGAAGGACGCUGUGCUUUACUCCAUAUCUGAUGGCAGUGAAGCUGAGCCCAACUUUACAGGACAGAAGCCCCAUAUGGCUGGCUGUAAAGCAGCUGUUACUCUCUUCCUGUACUUCCUGGCAACAAAUCAUUACUGGAUCCUGGUGGAGGGGUUGUACCUCCAUAGUCUCAUCUUCAUGGCCUUCCUGUCUGACAAGAACUACCUGUGGGCCCUCACCAUCACUGGCUGGGGUGUUCCAGCUGUGUUUGUGUCCAUUUGGGUCAGUGCACGAGCUUCACUGGCAGACACUCAAUGCUGGGAUCUCAGUGCCGGAAACUUGAAAUGGAUCUAUCAGGUCCCUAUUCUGGCUGCGAUUGUUGUGAAUUUUCUCUUGUUCAUUAACAUCAUUCGUGUACUGGCCUCUAAACUGUGGGAAACCAACACGGGCAAACUGGACCCCCGACAGCAGUACAGGAAGCUACUCAAGUCCACAUUAGUCCUCAUGCCUUUGUUUGGAGUUCACUACAUGGUGUUCAUGGCUCUUCCCUACACUGAGGUCACUGGGCUGCUGUGGCAGGUGCAGAUGCAUUACGAGAUGUUCUUCAACUCUUCCCAGGGGUUUUUUGUGGCGUUUAUCUACUGUUUCUGCAAUGGUGAGGUGCAAGCCGAGGUAAAGAAGGCUUGGUUAAGACGUAGCCUGGUGCUAGACCUCAAGCAGAAAGCGAGGAUCACCAGCAGCGGCGGAGGCAGCUGUUACUACGGCGGCAUGAUGUCACAUACCACCACCCACAGCGUGUGCCUGUCUGCUGCCAAUCCCAGAGCUCUGUCCUUUGCUGGAGGGGUGGUUGGCUCAGGUGGAGCCUCUGGUUCUGGGGUCAGACCCCCACUGCUACGUCAAGUUUCCACAACUCCCCCCCACCAUCAUACCAACCUACGUAUUUACACUUCGACUGACAGCGAGGCCUCAGGCCCCCAGCAGGAGCUGGGUGUGUGGAAACCAGAAGGUGCUGAGUCAGGAGGUUUUGCCAGAAAAGCCAAAGCCAACAAAGGAGAUGAUGACCACAAAAGCCACAGAGAAGAAGAUCUAAUCAGCUCCUUAUCUCCCAAAGAGCUGGAGACCAUCUUGUGAUUGCUGCUACUUUGAAAUAUCACGGCAAGCUACAUGUUUUCUCAUUAAGAGCACUGCUUUAUGUUUUGUUAUGUGUGUUUAGAUGAGGAUUUUGAGAAAUAGGGGAAUCCAAAGGCAUCUUAAUUUGGUGAAAGGGUGCUGAAAGACUUUAGUUACUAUAGAAAAGCAAAUCUGAGGACUAAGGCUGGGAAGUUUUUAAUGGCUCAGAGCCACAUAGAAAGAAAUGCAUGCAUCCAAUCCAAUUCUGGCUUGUAAUAUGGCUAAUCAGAGUUUGCUUGUUAUAUUUAUAGUGGUAAGUGUCAUGGUUGUGUGAUAAAAAAUAAUGAUAAUAAUACAAUACUGGUCUCGAUUUCAGGGAUGCAACAUCAUAGUAUCACAUAAGCUGUCAUGGUACAGUCGAGCAUCCUUUCAUAGGCUACCAUUAGUAACUGGACCACAAUUUAAGAACUCUAAAUCUAAAUUCUCAUGUCAUAAAGACAGAUGUUUUUGUGUGUGGAUGUGUUGUGGAUUUUUCAAGCUGAUGUGAACGGAGAAAUCCUAAGCUAAAGAAUUCAGAGAAGUCAAAGGACAGACCUGGAUGUAUAAAUAGGGAGAAUUUUUUCUCCCUCUUCUCGUCUUUCCUGUGUUGCAUUUUUCACACUGACCUCCUUGUUCAAACUGCACUUCCUACAGCCCUUCCCUGCCUAAAUGUACACCUCCACAUAUCAGCCACACAUUAAUGAGGGUGUGAACGCUUUUUACAAUCCAAAUGUCACAAUGAGAUUAGAUUUAAAGGCACCUAGACAGCAUGUCUGGACUUAUUUUCAUGUUUGUUGCUGUCCAGGUUUGCAGACCUAUUUAUCAGUCUGACAGGACCCUGAAGGCUGAUGCGUGAACCUCUCGCCCCAUGCAGGCAAAACUCCAACUCCUUCUUUCGUGUAACCUCUGCCCUGAACGCCCUCACAACACUGUCCAGAAUUUCACACACUCCCCUCAAUCUUUGACUCACAGACAGAGGCACCUGAGCCAUUUGGAGACAUGGAGCAGGAGUGACAAACCUCUAAGCCACAAUCCACCGGCAUUCGCAGAGAAACAGACAGAAAACCAUACCUGUACAUAUUUUAGAUGCCCAUUAAAAGAGAAUCAUGUUCUGUGUUUAUGAUGUGUAAAUUUAACACUUGUAUUUUAAGAAAUGUUUUGGUCUAGUUCGUUUACAUAAUGCCAAAUCACAAAUGUUGCCUCAAGAUGCUUUACAUUGUAGGGUUAAGACCCCCUACAAUGAGAUAACUCCGUUUCACCAAGCACUUGGCAACAGAGGGAAGGAAAAGCUCCCUUUUAACAGGAAGAAACUUCCAGCACAAAAAUGCUGAGGGAGAGGAAGCUAUCUGCCACGAGCAAUUGGGGGUGAGGGGAGGGAGAGAAGACAAAAGACAAGCUGUGGUUGAAAUAUCUGAUAUGAUAAUAAAGCGAUUAUGGAGGAUACUAGAAUAAAGUCUCUGCUGAAAAGGUGAUUUUGGGACACUGAGGGGAGUGGACAGCAUGAAAAGAACAUCCGACUCAUUUAAGACAUAAGAAAUGUGCUUAUUGUUUACAGUGAAACAUAGCCUGCCAUAGCCUUCAAGUACAUUAUUUCCAAUAUUAUAAAGCUCUAUUGUGUCAUAAAUAUAUAUAAUCCCAGUCAGUGGCAUGUCCAAGAUUUUUAUUCCUCUGCCAUACAAUUUUAUGGAUUUAGACUUUUUACUUCAGUAAAAGUUAUAAAGUCACAUAGAUUUAUUCUGCACAAGUUGUAUAAUCAAAAAUAUAUUCAGAGUAAGAGAAAAUUUUCUCAUGAUGAACGGCAUUUUUAGAAUCAUUAUAUACAUGCUGCAUCAUUCAUUUAGGCUAUGCUUAUGAUUUUAUUCAUAACUAAUGAAUUUUAAAUGAACUUUUUCACACAUUUUGUGUUGUCAGACAUGUGGAGCAGACACAGAUCUGUGUCUUAGUCCAAGACCAAAACCUCCCAACCCCCACCCACCAACCAACCUGUGGUUGCUACCAGCUGUCGUUUCAUUCGAGCAGAUAGGUUUGGGGCCAACGUGUCUGCACCACUGCUGUGCUGACACUAAAUCAGCUGAAAACACGAGCACUUUCCUCUAAUAGCAAGAGCAGGGAAAUGACGGGAGGAUGUUGAUUGGAAAUUACGAGAGGAGGAAGUGAGCCAGCACGGUGACCGCAGUGGUGGUGAUGAUAUCAGGUUUAUUGUGCUACAAAGCUUUUACCAGGAACAGUUAUUAAACAAGAAAAGAAAGAAAUUUCAGUCUCAAAUACAUCCAAAACAAUCUUUAAAUAAUGCAAUAUAUAAAAGGUCCUAGCACAUCUCUUAUUCUAUAUCUAUUUAUAAUAAUAUAGAA